AUGCCCAUCCUCGAACGCCGCCGACCAGGCCAGCGGCGCCCAGAAAGAAGAGUAGUCGACGACGACGAUGCCCCCGGGAGCGACCUCCCCGAAUACGAACCCCUUGCCUGCCCUCUAACUGCCGAAGCGAAGCGCGCCAUCGCGGACCUCUCGAACAGUCGGGACGUUCACCGUUACCAGAACCACAUAAAGACCUCCAUCCGUCAUCUCGGCUUUUCCGUCGUUGGCAUCAAUGACAGCAUCCGGACCCGCCAUGAGUCCCUUCAACGCUUCGCUGAGAAGCGCGCCGAGUCUACCGACCUUGAUAGCCAGGAGAAGUCACAGCGCGAGCUUGACAUUGAGACCCACACAGCGACUCUCGACGAGGAGGUCCCCCGCCUGACGGCCGAGGCCGAGGCCGCCCUCCGUGACCUCAUCGACAGGCAAAUCGAACUCGACGACGAGAAGGCCGCCCUAACGGAUACGGUGUCGUACUUCCAGACCCUCCCCGAGCAAGCGCCACGCCAACGCAGACGAACCCGUGCGGAAGCCAAUGCAGACGACUCGAAUGUAGACGAGGAGGGGGACAUCGUGGACGACCCGCCCCCGCCCCCAGACCACUCCGUCAUUGAUGUUCUCCGCCAGCACCGUGCCGAUAAAGCCCGCGACUACCAGCGCCAAACCGCGUAUCAGCGAUACGCCUUAAACAAUGACUACGCCGCUUUCAAAAAGCUCUGGCACGACGCCGCGCACGGCGACACCGAGAUGCCCCUGCCUAAUGCCAAACGCUGGUUCGACGACGCGGGGAACCCCGUUGUGCCCGCCAUGCGCCGUGGGUCUGGGAACGCCAAGAGCGAACCUGGAGCCCGGGCGGCUGAUGAUAGUGAUGAGGAUAUUGUUAUCGCCGGCGAGGUCAGGGAUUACAGGUGUCCGCUGUCUAUGCAGCUGUUCGAAAACCCGGUCAGCAACAAUGUGUGCAGCCACACGUACGAGAAGCAGUGGAUCGUCGACAUGUUGCAAAAGUCGCCGAUGAAGCGUGCGCGUUGCCCCGUUGCGGGCUGCUCCAUGGAGCUGGGUCUUGACGAUCUGUACGAUGAUCCGGUGAUCCUACGCAAGAUGAAGCGAGCACUGGAAGAACAGCGUCGCCGCGAAGAGGAAGAGGCGGACGACAGUAGCACCGAUGGCGAGGAUGAGGGCGAGCCUCGUCAGGUCAAGCGUGAGGCUCGCACCAAGAGCCACAAGCGCAAGGUUGAAGAGAUUGACGAUGAGUGA